AUGGCGACGCUUUUAGUGGCUAAAAGAGCUUUCUCGUUGGUGCGGCGACCUAUACUCCCUGUUAAACAAAAUUUGGUAUUGGCUAGAGGACUAUCACUUUCUGGCUACAGAAAUAGUGAUGAGAGCUUGUUUUCAAAGAUGUUUGGCCUAGGAUCCGUAGAAAAGGCAACAGGUUAAUUUGGAAUGCUGCAUGUUGAAUCCCUUUGUAAUUAAAGACACUCUAAAUUCGAGAUUUCUUAUUUCAAAAAAUAACAAAAACAAAUUAAAACAAAUCAUAGACUAAUAUUUUGUUCUUGUAAAUUCAAACUGCCUGAUUAAAUUACAGGAAAAAGACUUCUUAUCCUAUGAUUUGUUUUAAAUUUUCUCGUAAAAUAAGAAAUCCUUUUUCUUCAAUUGAGAGACUUGGAGCAAUCUCGAAUUUAGAGUGUAGACUUAAAGUAGAUUAUAAUUGUUGCUUCUUUUUAUAUUAUCAUUUCCAGAUUUAUGUAAAUUUUUCAUUUCUUAUAACUUUGUUAUUAUUCCUUCAGAGAUAUUAACAUUAAUAAUCUGAAGUGAAUGAAGUUUUUAUUCAUCGUGGGAUUCAUUCAUUCAACAGAUGCGCACUCGAAGGUUUUGGCAGGAAGGGACACAUUAUAUGAGUUUGAGUGUAAGUUUAGUUGACUUUAAACUCAAUGGUCCAACAGAUUGCUAUGUGGGCAUUGGAAUUGUGUUGUUUAUGUAGUUUUAUCAAGGUUUGGUAGCAUAGGCUUUGACUGCAGUUUUUACUGCAUCAUUUAAUAACCAGUCCUACAUCCCUGAUGCAUAAAAAUCCCCAAAGAGGCAAAAUUAUUCAUGUCAUGCAUCCCAUAUAGGUAAGCGUCCCAUGUAGGUAGGCGUCCCAUAUCACAAAAUUAAUGUGUCGCGAAAAUAUCAUGUAAUAAGGUAGUUCAUGUAGCCUGAAUUUCAUCUGAUUGCUUCGAGUCGUUUUCUCCUCUCAGCAACGUCUGAAUUGAUCAGCCAUUAAUGCCAUCCAGUGACGUCACUACUACCCGAAAACCGGGUACUGAUUUUGAUUGGUUGAUUGUCUAAACAUUCGCAUAAUUAUGUACCGUUAUGAUAAAUUUUAGCGGGAUUGUCGCUUGAUAUUCAGCGGAUCGCAUCAGUAGACCUGCACCAUUCUAAACCUCUUAUUUCACUGGUCCCCUUUAAUCUGCACUUCCAUUGAUUUCAGGGAUAAGGGCAUUGUUAUGUGACAAUCCCUAUUGUUUUCCCAGCUAAUCAAAAACAAUCUUUCAAAUAGGUGCAGGAUCGCCCAGCAUUUCUGGAUGAUUUUUCAAAAGAUGAGUCCCAGGACUCACCAUAGCUAUUAGUAACAAAAUCACUGAAUAACUUGUGAACCCUGAAGUUGAAAAGCCAGCUAACACACAAAUGCGUUUUUUUGCUGCUAUCAAUCAUAGGAUCACAAGCUAGUAACGAUUAAACCGUGAAAAACAGAAACACACAAAAUAAAUUGAAAUUUCCUAAUCACAACUCACAUACCAUGACCUUUGUUAACACAUUGAAGUAAACUUCCCUUUUCUGAGAGGUUUGCUUGUUGUUUGCUUAUUGACAGCGUCAAUCGUUCCUAGCUGUUAUAAAAUAAUUGUUGCAAGACGUGUUUAUUUCUGAUGUAAUUUCACCUUACAGGCCAAUUUUUUUGCAGCUUGUAUUCCAACAAAAUUGAUCAAGGACAAGUUGUAAGAAAAAUUACCCUACCUUGUAGAGACUACCGGUGGAAAUAAUCUCUUCUUGCAGGCCAGUUGGCUAAUAAAACCAAUUUUUAAUGUAAAAAAUGUAUUAUAGAACUUAGUAUACCACUUUUGUUUCUUCUUUCUCUAUAGUUAAUGAUGUAAAACCAGAGUGCAUUGAAGAAUAUGUGUCUUUGGUGUAGGUAUUUAAUCUGACAGAUUGUUUCAACACAUUAAUGAUUAAAUUUCAUUACUAAAUACUUUCGUGUUUGUUAGUACCCUGUUUUUCCAUUGUGCGCAAACGGUAUCCCCUGGCUCAUGGGAAUUUACCAUGUUUUUUAUGAGGAAUUUUGGGCAAGAGUCAGACUUAGUUAAUGUACAUGUAAGUGUUACAGGUCAAAAUUAAAUUCAGGAUAAAAUUUUUUAACCCAGAUGAAUCUCUAGUUACUUCGUCUCCUAUCCCUUAUUAUUCAUGAAAUUCCUUGUGAGUUUGGGGAAGUACAGUGUAUUAUCUUGCAGUUCAAUUUUAUUCUUCAUUCAAAAUUUACUUUCCUUUGUGUAAUACUCAUUAUCAUACACAGCCAUACCCAAAAGCAAAGCAAGCUAAAAAAAUUGAUCAAAGGACAAUUCAGGCCAGUUUAGAGUUCCAAAAAGUCCUCACUUUCAAUAUGAGAAGAAGUGCAAAACUUUAAUAUGAAAAUGAAAUUUUUUGGAAUGAGAAUUAAAAACUAUUUUGAUAUUAAAAAAUGCACUCUUACCUUGCUUCGAAAAAGAGGCGUGAGACAACUCAGAAAUGGCCUUUUGAACCUCAAAAUAGACAUUUACUUUGGAAUAAAAGUAUGGACUUUACUAGAGACAUUUAUCUAAGUUGAUUUUCUGUCCAUUUUAAACACUGAUUUUUACAAUCAAAAUAAUUUAUGGCUUAUUGGAGUGUUUUGUUUUUGGUCUCUUUUUCAGAGGAGAAUUUAUACCAAAACUAAGUGAAGACAAACAGUUUCCUGGAGAAUUAUGUGGAGCCUGGACAACAAUGUUUGGAAGACUUGAUCAAGCAAGUGAGUGUACAAAACCUUUCACUGCUCUAUUCCUUAACCCAUUCACCCCUGGAAAUUUUGCCGAAAAAUGCGUUUUGAAGCUAGUUGAGCCGUUUUCUGGUCACUGUCGUGCUAUUGAGAGCCAAAACUUACCACAAAGUAGUUUACAGGUCACAGACUUCGCGGCCUUCUGAUCCGGAUACAAAAUAUUAGUUUGCAAAGUUCAGGCAUGCGCAGAAAGCAAAAUUUUGAGAUAGUGAUACGGGAGUCUUGACUUUUACUUUUCACUUUCUCUCCUCCCUCUUUUUCGCUUUUCUUGCCUCAUUUUUUUUUCUUUUGCUGGGCAUUUAAUAGGCUUCAUUUUGGUGGGAAAAGUUUUUAGGAGAGGUUUUAGGAUCUUAGGAUUAGACAAAAGGAAAGGUAGGUGGGUAGUGGAACAAGAUUUUCAUGGCAAUUUUCGGGUCAACGUGACAUGGUUUUUGUGCCUUUUUCUCUAGUGUCCUUGACUGAAUUGUGCUCAUUCUGGUAUGGUUUGAAAGAUCCCUUCACUGUGCACACAUAUUAACGGACAAAGUUGUCCUUGAACAUUGAAACUAAUGACAUCACAAGUGGUAGAAGGGAGGUGGAUCCGCACGGGCACUUAUGGGUGGCUCAGGGGCGAAUGGGUUAAUAAGAUACGUGUAUUAUAUUGUGAUGAAAUCACUGUAACAGUGAUGAUGAUGAUGGUGAAGGUGGUGGUGAUGAUGAUGUAAUUGCCAUCAUUCACAAAUGUUAGGUGUCGAAGCCUUUACUGCAUUAAAAUAAUGUGACUUGGAUUGUUUUCAUUGUUUUGAUUCAUACUUUUUCCUCAAAUGAUGGUAAAUACAGAAUAUGUUUUCAUUCCCCAUGUGCACUUGUCCCACUAACCAACCUUAGAAAUUCAGUUUUAGUAUGAACUAAAAAUACAGCAAAAUUUGCAAACAGGACAUUUUGCAUAUCAUCAUUUGAAUGUUACACUCUCCAGCUCUUAAAAGAGCUAGAAAUUGCCCCCACUAUCCUUCUUAUAAUAUGUACAAAUCAGUUUUUUGUUUAGGGAGGUUAAUUCAGGGAUAUGUCUAGGCAAGCUUUUCUUGCCUUGUUCUCCUACAUGGAGCAUAACAGGUGUUAUGCAUUUACUUAGUUAAUGUGUUUGUUUUUGUUUAAAGUCCACCUUUGGAAGUACACAGGUGGGUACAAAUCAGUUGUAAAGGCCAAGCAGUACAUCAGGGAAAACAAGGUGUGUUUCAUUAUUAUUGAAAAUAUCUGACUGAAAAUUAUGUUCUAUUACUGUACAUUGUAAACUGAAACCUCCAGUAUCAAUGACGUAAACUUAUUAAAAUGGUCAACACUGAACAGAAUGAUUUACAUUUUAAUGUACAGUUGAUAAUGAUUAUAUAACUGGUGCAUAGAGCAUGUUUUGUUAAAAAAAAAAGGAAACCAAGACUUUUGUCUCUGGCAGUACCCUGAUUUCAAGUGAGGUCUUAACAGUGUUUUUUUUUGUGUACAGACGCCGCCUCCCCUAAAAAAAAUUGGGGAGAGAGACGUCUCAAGAUGGGUUUAAAUGUCACAAACAUGAAAGAAAUUUAAUUCAUAAACUUAACAUUAAGGAUUUCCUACCCAUGAACAGUAAGAUUCUGUAGAUUUUAAAUACACUGUAGCUUAGAUUUUUAUGACUAUCGCUUUAAUUAGGUAAAUGAACUGUUAUUUAGUAUGAUCAUAAUUCACUAGCAAUGUUCUCUAAUAGAGUAAAAGUAAGGAGCUUCUUUAGUCACAUAUGACUUUAAGACACCUCAUUGCUUUUAUUUAUUUCUUUACAAAGAUCAUGUUUGUUUCAGUUAUUCAUGUAAAUGACUUGUAUGACUUUUUAAUAAACAAUAUUUAAAACUGUAAAUCAAUAUUAAAUCAAUAAGUUAUUUUUGUUGUUUUUAGGAAUUCCUUGAGUUUGCUCGAAAGAGGCGUGUCAUGUUGAACAACAGAGAGAACCAGCUUCUUUACGAGUUCAGUUUCUUUGGAGAACCAGAACCCAGGGAACCCAGCCACAUUUAUGAACUUAGAACAUAUUAUUUGAAGGUAAUUCCUGUCCAAUGACUUGGAAAGCUGUUCAUGGAUUAACCCUUUAAUUCCCAAGAGUGACCAACAUAAACUUUCUCCCAACAAUAUCACUGCACAAUGAAAGAAAAAGUUAAUAGAAUUUUAAAAAAUAUCACCAAAGAGCAAAUGCUUUGAUCUUUUAUCCAAUUCUCUCAACUAAUUCUUUAAAGAAAUGUAUGGAGGUUUGUGUGGAGAAUUUGUUUGUGGAGAUUGGAGCUUAAACUGUUAGGUUUGUUUCCUUUUCUUGACUACUGAUGGCUUAUAGUUUAAUUUCCUUUUGUCUAUAGCCUGGAACCCUCAUUGAGUGGGGAAACAACUGGUGAGUCUUCUUCUUGUUUGUUAAAAUUCAAUUUUUUCUAUUGUUAUUACAAUGAGUUCUUCAGUAAGCACCCUUUCAUUGCCCCUCUUCUUAUCCUAACUACAGAUUAAUGAUCAUAAUUCACUAGUAGUAGUUUCUUAUCCUAAACUACAAAUUUGCAGAUAACAAAUUUUAUAAAACUGAGAUACAUUUUAAUGUGCAAGUACAACUUAACAAAGAGCAAUUUGUAUUGCUUUAUACACGGGUUAAGUAUUUUUAUUUGUACUGUUGAUGUUACAGUAUUAUUAUGGCCAUUUAGUAGGCCAAAAUGUUAGAGGAUUGCCAGUUAGAACUCUGAUGUCUGCCUCACCCUAAAUUGUAUGAUGUAGAAUUUAAUUAACAGUUUUGUCGGCAGUCACUGUCCAUCGGUAAGAUGCCUAAAACGUGGAAAAAUUUUGCACGGCCCUUUUAACUUAGAUAAAAAAAAAAACUAAGCCUUAGCCUGUCACAUUCAUUUACAACACAUAAAUGUACCUCAAAUUCAGUUGGUAAGAGACGUUAAGAGGUAUUUUUAACAAGGAAAAGACCUUGCAGGUAUUGAGCUGUUUUAUUAAAUUAUCACCCGCAAUAAUAGGCACCUUUUCCUAUUUAAGUAUAACUAACUUAUAAGUACAUCCCCCAUUUACCAGUACCAGAUUUAAAAAAGGUUGAUAUAAAUGAUCCUUAAGUUUACUUUUAUUUAAAAGGAAAUUUGUUUCAUCAUUGGUAAAUAUUAUUUCCAGGGGAAAGGCUAUUUUAAUCCGUCAGCAGGAAGAUGAUGCUGUUGCAGGGCUUUUUUCUCAGAUAGGUGAACUGUAUGUGGUUCAUCACAUAUGGGGUAAGUGCUGUCUUUGUUUACUAAAAUAGCUCCCUUCGUGAUAAACUAUGGCCGUAUUUUACUUUGCUGUUAGACUUUUUCAUAUAAUAUGCUAUUGCAACAUAUUACUUAAGAGUUUUCUGGCAAUGAAAUGCUUUGAGAUAUUUACAACAGUUACUGUAUUUGAAAGUGUAAUUGACUGGUAACAGGAAUUUGUCAGUUAAGACUGAGACAUGAAAGUGAGAUGUUUGGUUUAUUUGUUGUCUACAGCUUAUGAUGAUCUUGCAACCAGGCAGGAGAUCAGGCACAAUCUAUGGAACAGGCCUGGAUGGGAUGACUGUGUUGCUAACACUGGUAAAGAUGUUUUUCUGUAGACAUCAUUUUUAAUAACAGGGUUCUAUGUAACAGAAUUUGAUUUACAUUUUUGGUUGUGAGGCAGAGGUGCCAAGUGAAAGGGGUCUAGAAAGACCUGAAACCUCAUAUUAUAUGGAAAUAAGAGGGACACCUGGACUCCCCACUCUUCUUCUUGUCUUCCCUCCCAGUAAAAUUCCCCCACCACAAAUCCUUUCACUUUCCAAGAACUAUAUGAGAAAGAAAACUAAUGGCUGAAAAUGAAAUAUCAUUAGACUAGUACUCCAUUUUGCCGACAGGAUUUGGCAAAGCAUCAUAAUUUGCAAGCUUAAAUUGGUUCAAAAGAGCAGGAAUAUGGUGGGGACAUGUUGGGUGUUCUGGAGUCAUGGAUGUGUCAACACAACCUCGACUAGAAAAUGAGCAUACAUGCACCUUCUUAUAAGUAGUGCAGGUUCAACAUGACUGAAACUAUUCUUUUUCCCUUGUUCAGUUCCACUCAUUCGACGAAUGGAGUCUAGAGUGAUGAUCCCUUUGCCAUUUGGACCUCUACAGUAGAUAAACAAGAUCAAUUGGCAGGACAUUGAAUCGUUGUAUACAUGUUUGAGAAAAUGCUGAAUGCCAACAGUUACAUUUUUAUAACCCAUUUAAUUUGCCAAACUGAUGAAAUUUCAGCAUUCUGUAUACCUUUUGGUAGUAAAUGCAAUAGGAAGCCAUGUCACUCAACAAUCAAAAUUAAUAUAACUGCAGUUUUAUGUUUAUGGGCAAGAUUUUGGGAAAGAGGUGUAAAAUGACUAAACCAAAAACUUGUUUACUAUAAUGUAAAGGAACUACAAGUUUCUUCAGAAUGGCAGUACCAAGACAACCUCUCAAAGUGAUUUAUAGUAGCAGGCAGGCUAACAAAAUUAGUAGGCAGCAAGGACCACUGAUACAUAAGUUUUAAUAGGUGAGGAUAAGUUAGUGGUAAUUCUUGUAAGAAGUAGGUGGCAAGUAAUAAUUGGCUGGAGGCUAAAAAUAGCAGACUUCUGGGAUAUUUAUAAGGGCUAUAAAAGAGGAACUCUCAUGUUAUCAAUUUUGUUUGUUUGUUUUUUUUGGUCUUGUUUUCUUUGUUUGUUUUUGGAGUAGUUUCUAUGAAAUCAUCACUUUUUUACUUACAUUAAAUUAAGUAAACAUUCCAUCAGUGUUGCUUUAUUUUGGUAUAUUUGGAUCUUAAGUCAGGGGCGUAGCGUGGCCAUUUUGGCAAGUACGCACACGGAUUCAUAUUUGUAACAACAUAACGUUUUUGCUAUUCUUUAAUAGUUACAUCUUUUAGCAGAUUACAGUCUUGUUUACGAUAGAACGUGAUAUUAAAAAGCCUUUUAAAACGUUUUUCUUUGAGCUGGUACUGGAAUCAGAAAGUUUUCAAGCACAAGGCACCUACCCUAAAUAAACUUCCAAAACGCUGAAUAUCCUUCACAAGAAAUUCAAAUAAGAUGUUUCGUUCAAUUGCUAAAUGUUUGGAAUGAAAGAUAAGCUCUACUGUAGCUCAAGAAAAAUGACCCCUUAAAGUGCAGAAAUUUGGAGUUUAAAAGCAUCGGUUGGAAGAAUUUUGGUGUGUGCAUGAUUGUGUAAAUUUUCUGCAAGCUUAUUCCUUUGCUACUUUUGUGUUUUUUCCUUUAUUUCAAUCAUGAAAUCGAUCAUGGAACAGACAAUUAUUAUAGUAAGCGUUUUAGUAUCUAUUUAUUUAUUUAUUUAUUUUCAGUUGUUCUGAAUAUCUCUAAUGUUUUUCAUUGAAAACGAUUCGCCAUCUGUUGAGUGCAAAAUUCUUGUUGAUGCCGCGCCACAAGUACACCUAAUGGUUUGCUUCAGCUUUGUACCUUGAUUAUGGUCGGCAUGGUCUAUUCCAUGAUUUCUCACUUGAGCGACAUUUAUAUAGAGAGAAAAAACUAAAACUGAAUAGCUUUAAUUUGAAUGGAAAAACUGUCCAGAUAAAUCUUUAAAAAAAAUGAUAAUCAGUCAGGAUUGAUUCUUUGUGGCGACAAAUGCGUUUCCAUGAAUUUCCCCAACCCUCCUUUCUUUUUGUUUUAUUCAAAAGCAAUGUAUUGGGGGAUCGACAGAAAAUCUUUGGGAAAAAAAUCCUUCCAAUUUCUCAAGUAUGCACGUGCAUAUUUGCGUAAAGGACUUUACGCCCCUGUUAAGGUAUAUCCACAAUACCACCUGACAUUUAUAAACCUUUACAUUGUGUUCUUUCUGCAAUGGAGGGUGCAUUUGGAUGGAAUUAAAAUGAAAAUUUGGUUUCCAUCUUAAAGUCUGUCCUGGGGUUUUAGGGCACAACAUUUAAAAAACUUUGUCAGAGUCUUUAAGCCUUCAAAUACCAAGAGUGGCUAACAUCAGUUUUCUCCUAACAUUAUCAAUAAAAAAUCAAGAUAUAAGGUUACGAGAAUUGAUAAAAUGAUCAUUAAAGGG